AUGAAUAUGUUGGAUGAUGAAGAUGACCAAAGCUUUCACGCUACGCGUGACGGCUACUCCCAUUUGAGCGAUGUCGAAUGGGAUGCGGUUGAACGAAUGGGUUCGACCAUGGGCAUCCAUGCUGUUAGCGUCAUGCUAGAGGCUCUCAAUAGAGAUGCCCAACAUGCUACUAUCGCCAAGUUCAUUCAAAAUGAACUUGACGCAGAACGCGAGAAAGUAGCCUUGCUUCACCAACAAGGUUCUCAACAAGCAGAGUUGUUGAGAGAACAGGGUGCUCAACAGUUUGAACUGUUGAGACAGCAGCAGGCUGCUGCUGGUGGGUCGAUGCAUUCGCGUCGACCCGAAACCUUGAAGAUUGACAUCUUCAAGUAUAGGGGAGUCGAAGGGGACUCCCUCUUGAGAUGGUUCGUCGAAUUGGAUGACGCCAUAUAG